ACGGGUGGGAGGGCAGGUACAGAGGAGUCGAGCCGGAAGAACCAGCAGGCCGUUGUUACCCGACAGACUCUCCCGUUUUUCCCACGCCAGGUGUUCCUCUCAGGCAGCCUGAGUUUCUAGCGACGCGGUCCAGUUCGGAAAGCGGGGCAGCACAAGCUGGAGGAAACAUGUCAGAACACAGGAACAAGCUGAUCUUCAUCGUGGUGGAUGUUCUCUGCGUGUUUGUUGCGGCUCUGCCUUCAGCCAUCUUCACAUUGAAGUUCACACCUUAUAAGAGAGGAAUUUACUGCGAUGACGAGAGCAUCAGCUAUCCCUACAGGAAAGAUACCAUCUCCCAUGGAACCAUGGCUGCUGUCACUAUCAGCAGCUCAAUGAUCAUUAUCACUACAGGAGAGGCCUACAUGGUGCGCACAAAGCGUCUGCGUUCAAACUCCACAUUCAACCAGUACCUGUCUGCUGUCUACAAGGUGGUUGGCACCUUUCUGUUUGGGGCAGCUGUCAGCCAGUCGCUGACUGACUUGGCAAAGUUCACCAUCGGCCGACCCCGUCCAAACUUUUUAUCUGUGUGCGCCCCGGCGACCUGCAAGGGAUACGUGCUGCUUAUCAACUGUACAGGCAGCCCACGCAACGUGACGGAGUCCAGGCUGUCGUUUUACUCCGGCCACUCAUCCUUUGGGAUGUACUGCAUGCUCUUCCUGUCGCUCUACGUCCAGGCCAGAAUGCAGGGGAAGUGGACGAGGCUGGUACGGCCCACCAUCCAGUUCUUCCUGGUGGUGUUUUCUCUUUAUGUGGGAUACACGCGUGUUUCCGACUACAAGCACCACUGGAGCGACGUCCUAGUGGGACUGCUGCAAGGAGCGCUCAUCGCAGUCCUCACGGUUCGAUACGUGUCGGAUUUCUUCAAGCAGCGGCCUCCGCCCUGCAGUCAAGCAGAACCGGCAGAAGCCGAACAACUUGAGUGUAAACCGAACCCUCAACCUUCGGACUCACACCAUGAAAACCAUUACAGCUGUUCUGGACUGGCGUGAGCUGUUGAUGAACGUGACGACCUGAUUGAGGCCAGAGCUCUGAAAACAGCGCCGCUAUACACAGAGCUGUUUUUUUAACAACACAAAUAGAAGUAAACCACAUGGAAAACUUUGACACAGCUAUUUUACAACUAUGAAAACUACGUUUCCCAAAAACCUGUUGGCACAGAAACUUUAACUGGGUAUUAGCGUGGGUGUGUUGACUUAUGUGCGCGUGUGUGUGGAUUUGUGCAAGUGUUCAUCAAUUAUAUUUUAUAUGUUCUUUUAAUGACUCAGCUUUUAGAUUUGUGCCAAAUUGAAGUGAAAUUUAAACAUAUAUCAAGAGAAAGUUCCUCUCCUUCAGUAGAGUAGCAAACUUUCGGCUGUUGAACGUUCUCCGCGUUGUUGCAGUCGAGGACAAUUUUCGCCCUUUUAUAUACACUGCAGCUGAAUGUGUCUGCACGUCCCUGACAUUUUCAUUUUUCUAUGCAUGUAUUUUUAUUCUAUUUGGUUGCAUGCGCAUUUUGUGCAUAGCUAGCAAUGUUAUCCUGUUUUAUAGCAAUCGUAUGUGAUAAAUUUGCAUAAUUAUAUGAUUGAGUACCAGGUUUUCCACCACAGUGGUGGUUCUUGUAUUAAUGGCACACUAUUAAUGGACGUUUUCUUUUUUUUCCCAAUUAUAAACUGUACUUUAAAGAAUCUCAACAAUGCAGAAUAAUUCUCUCCAGAUUUCACUAGUGUAUGUAUAUUGCUUUGAUGCUUUUCUCAAACUAAAGUGGUUCACAUGCCAAAAAGCACAGAAAACAAAUGGAAUAAAGACUUCAUAAAGUUCA